AUGGGAAAUUAGAAAAAAUUCCUUUAAAAACUUUUUAGAAUUCUUGAAGUACUUGCUAGUUUAAUUAUAGUCAAAAGAACAUGAAGACUGUAUAUAAUGGAGUUAAGAUGGGAACUCGCUUGUAAUUAUUUCUGCAGAAUUAUUUGAGGAAAAGGUAAUGCCUUGCUAUUUCAAUUCCACAAAAAUUACUACUUUUUACAGAUAAUUGUGUCAGUAUGGAUUUAAAGUAAAAUAAAAUGAGAUGAGAUAAAAGUAAUUUUAUCAUUCUAAUGUUUAAUAAGGAAAUUUGUAAUUUUAUAAUUCUUAUUCUUAUAGUGAAAAUUUAUUAAGAAUAGCAAGAAGGAAGAAGAUGCAGGCACAAUUAGAUUUUAAUAAAUGUAUAACUGAAGAAAAUAAGCAAUUGAAUAAUUAAUUAAAGGUUCUUCAGAAAUAACAAUUAGCGAUCUAGGCUCAACUGAAUAUGCAUACGUAGAUUUACAUGAAGUUGUGCAAAUAGAUGAAAAAUGUUUAUGAUGUAUGAAUCAAAAUUUAACUUAGUAUUAAAAAUAAGAUGAAGAGUGUGAGGAGAAUUGCAAUAAUUUUUUCGAAUCAAUAAUAUUUUUAUUUAAGGGAUUCAAUCCCGAUAUUGCCUUAAAUAUAUUUGAAGAACUGAAGCAUAUAGGAGGGCCAUAGAGCCCUUAAUUAUCGCCACUACUCUUUCCUUAUUUAAAACUGAAUUGA